AUGCUUUCCUACAUCAUCGGGGUCAUCCGGAGCGGCAUUGACAGCUUCGUCAACCUCCUCUUCCGGCUCCUAUUCCCCCGGAGGAGACCCGCCAUCACCCUGCAGGACCCCAGCGUAAAGUAUGCAUUGCGGCUCAUUGAUAAGCAGAUCGUGAGUCACGACACUCGCAAAUUCCGCUUCGCCCUGCCGUCCGGUGAACACGUCCUGGGUCUCCCCGUGGGUCAGCACAUUUACCUGUCGGCCAAAAUCGACGGCAAGCUGGUGGUGCGCCCUUACACGCCGACGUCUAGCGACGACGACAAAGGCUACGUGGACCUGGUCAUUAAGGUUUACUUCAAAAACGUCCACCCCAAAUUCCCGGAAGGCGGCAAAAUGAGUCAGUACUUGGAGAGCCUUGGCAUCGACGACACUAUCGAUUUCAGAGGACCUAGCGGACUUCUCGUCUACAAGGGCAAAGGCGUUUUUGCCAUUCAGGAUGACAAAAAGUCCCCGGCCGUGACCAAGACGGCCAAGCACGUGGGCAUGAUCGCAGGCGGGACGGGAAUUACACCGAUGCUGCAGCUCAUCACGGCCGUCAUGAAGGACCCGCAGGAUCAGACAGUUUGCCACCUGCUCUUUGCCAACCAGACGGAAAAGGACAUCCUGCUGAGGCCCGAGCUGGAGGAGAUUCAAGUCAACCACCCCGAGCGCUUCAAGCUGUGGUUCACCGUCGACAGGGCGCCCGCCAACUGGGACUACAGCGAAGGCUUCAUCAACGAAACCAUGGUGCGCGAGCACCUGCCUCCGCCUUCCGCCGACACGCUGGUGCUGAUGUGCGGCCCGCCGCCCAUGAUCCAGUUCGCGUGCAACCCCAACCUGGACAAGGUCGGCCACGCCGCCGAGCGCAGGUUCGCCUUCUAG